AUGAUGAGCAAAUGGGAUGUAUAUGCAUUAUGGAACUGUGGGGCGAGUUUGGGGUGUGACACGGCUGAUGACUUUUUCUUUUCUGGCCUGCUUACUCCUCAAAACACAUCGAACCCAGUUGGAUCGAUGGUCACUCCCGUAAACGUCAUGCAAAUACUAGGCCUCAAUACUCUCGGCAUCUCCUUAGCUCACAUCGACUUUGCACCUUAUGGCCUCAACCCACCCCACACGCACCCUCGUGCAACUGAGGUCAUCGUGGUUUUGGAAGGUACUCUCUACGUCGGCUUCGUGACCUUCAACACUGACAACCGUCUCUUCACAAAGGUCUUGUACCCAGGAGAUGUUUUUGUGUUCCCACAGGGUCUCAUUCACUUUCAUUUUAAUAAUGGAAAGACUAAUACAGUAGCUCUUGCUGCCCUAAGUAGCCAAAACCCCGGAACCAUUACAAUUGCUAAUGCAGUAUUCGGGUCGAAUCCAAUGAUUUCUGAUGAUGUUCUUGCGAAGGCAUUCCAAGUAGACAAGAAGGUGGUAGACCAUCUUCAAGCUCAGUUCUGGUAUCCCAACAACUAGAGAAAUAAACAAUAGAAAACCCAUGAAUCUAUUUAUUAAACUUUAAGCAAAUAUGACUUAAUAGAUAACAUAAAUAAGUGGGUUGGUUAUGAAUGAUUUCCUUAAAAUUGUUUUCCUAUGAUUUUAUAAUAAUGAAGUUUGUUAAAUAGUACUCUUUGUCUCUCUUCUCAUAUAAUGAUGACAUUUUCAUGAUUUUUUUCUAGGCUUCCUAUUGAUAGAAUGAUUACACACUUGAUC